AUGCCCCGUGCGCCGGCGACCAGCGCCGCAUCCCACCGCCGCCGCGGCAAGCGGCGCGUCAUCGGCGCCCACGGCACCGAAUCCCUUCCUCGCGGCCGCAGCCACCUCCUCGCCUUCCGCUCCUUCACCCUCCGCUUCGCCCUCGCCGCCCCGCGCCACCGCCGCCGCAAGCGCCGCCUCGGCGGCGCCCGCCGCCCCGCCCCCAGUCCCCGCCGCCGCAGCGGCAGCGUCGUUUCCCCCAGCCGCUUCCUCGCCCUCCGCCCGUUCGUCCUCCGCUACCUCCUCGCGGCCGGCGCAUCGACCCCUUGCCGCCGUCGGAAGGCCUCCGUGAUAGACAUGGGCCACUACAUUUCGCGGCUGCUGAGGGAGACUCGCACCGGCGAAGGCGGCUCAAGGGUACGCAAGAGGCGUGACAAGGGAUUGCGGGAGGUGAUAGAUCUCAGUGCGAAUAGGGUUCAAGCGGACAAGGCCAAUCCCGCCAGGUGGGGUAUUGGCGAUGUGAGCAACAUCACACUGGAGGAGGUGCCUGACGAUAGUCUCGAAGAGGAUCUGUCUGAAUUAUUUGCACCUCUCACAAAUGAAGAAGAGAGUGAAGUAAACAACUUAUUGAAUGGUAGUUCUCACAGUAAAAAAGUAAUAGUGCUGCAUAAGCCUUCAAACAUUGAGAUUACCAAAGAGAAACUAUGGUGUUUGAGGCCUCGUGGUUGGUUAAACGAUGAGGUCAUCAAUUUGUACCUUGAAUUAUUAAAGGAGAGAGCAGAAAGAGAACCCAACAGAUUUUUAAAAUGCCACUUCUUUAACACAUUCUUUUAUAAGAAGCUUGCUUGUGGAAAAACUGGGUAUGACUAUCAGUCUGUUAGAAGAUGGACGACCCCCAACAAGUUGGGUUAUAGGCUUGCGGAGUGUGAGAAAAUAUUUAUUCCAGUACACAGAGAUGUACAUUGGUGCUUGGCAAUUAUUGACAUGAAGGAAGAAACUUUUCAUUAUCUCGAUUCCCUUGGUGGCAAGGACAGUGCCGUACCGAGGAUACUGGCUAGAUAUAUCGCGGAUGAAUUGAAGGACAAGAAUGACAUAGAGAUAGACACAAGUUCUUGGCGGGAAGUAUCUGUUCAUAUUCCUUUGCAACAUAAUGGAUGGGAUUGUGGUAUGUUUAUGCUCAAGUUCAUCGAUUUCUACAGCAGAGGUCUCAUACUAUCUUUUAGUCAGGAACAUAUGGAAUAUUUUAGGAGGCGGACAGCAAAGGAGAUCCUGAGAUUAAGAGCUGAUUAA